UCUAUUUACACUCUUAUACUACGUCUAGUUCUAGAUCUAUUAGCCACUGUCUAUAUCUUGCAAUCCUGCAAUGCAAGUAAAAGCUUUUAUUAUUAUCAUUACUCAGUUGUUUGCUAUUGCUGCAGCCACACUGACAUCCACUCCCACUGUGGCCUGUCCUAAUGACACUGUCACCUUCACCUGCACUCUACCUGGUAGCGCCAUACGAUGGACAGUGGCUCCUCCACAAGGCCAACUGUUCCUCAUCACUUUGAGUACCAGUAACACUGAGGACAUACGAGGUAAUCCAGCGUUCCGUGGUGUUCUCACCGAUACCAGGGAAAACCUCACUGCCACUCUCACUUCACUGUCUGAGGCAUCCAUUGUGGAAGGUACUAUGGUGGAGUGUGUGGGAUCACUUGGUUCACAAGAGAGUCCUCUCACUAUCGCUGUGGCUGAUCCACCCAGCCCUUCACUGAAUCCAAGAGUGUCCUCCACUCAAAACCAACCCAACUCCUCCAUUAUCACUCUGGACUGGGACUCCCCCUCCUCUACUGGUGGUGUGUCCGUCAUGUAUGUCCUCACCAUCUCCCCAACACCUCUCGCCGAGUCACCAGUCACCGUGGAGACAACCUCUGCACAGAUCACUGUCCUAUAUAACAUUCCUUACAAUGUAACCAUCAGAGCUGUCAACUGUGCUGGAAUGAGUCAAGAAAGUCUAAUUGUGGAUCUUAUUUUGUACCCCACACCGUCUACUGCUGCUGGUGUGACCAUCACCAACACACCUCCUGUCACUAUUGGUGGAUCCAUGCUCACUUUCACUUGCGGUGGACCCAAUGAAGUGAUAACCUCAACCUGUGGCAGUAGUGGGUGGUCUCCUGACCCUGGGACCUUCGACUGUGGCACCCCAGUUAUAGAUCCCCCAUCAGUCACCUGUGGCUCUCCAACUGCACCAUCCAGAGGCAGUGUGGACAUCAGUGGAGGGACACCACCCUUCUCACUGGGUUCAGAGGUCACCUUCCACUGUGAUGAGGGACUGUUCCCCCCUAAUGUGAGGACCAGCACAUGCACUGAUGUGGGGGGUAGGGGAGAGUGGGUGGAGAAUCCCUGGAGCUUGGUGUGCAGGGAUAGGCCAGUCAACUGCACUGUACCUGCUGAGCCGUGCAACGGUGCUAUAGUGGACUAUGAGAGGUUGAACGAGACAGUGUUGGAGGGAACAGUGUUGACUUACCAGUGUGACAAUGGAUUCUCACUGACUGGACCCAACACCAUCACUUGCACUAAUGCUGGAGUCUGGAGUACUAAGCCUGAGGCAAUCGUGUGUGUACUUAUGACUAAUGCUGGAGUCUGGAGUACUAAGCCUGAGGCAAUUGUGUGUGUACUUAUGACUGAAGUUUCUACUAUCGCUCCCUUGUUCUCCACUUCUGCAACUGUCGCUAUCAGUGUGGUCAUCACUUUCAUUGUCACUCUAGUCAUUGGAUUCCUCACUGGACUCCUAGUGAUGCAUCUUUUCUCUCGUAAGAAGGCAGUGUACUUCCCGGCAACUGAAGGACAAGCUAACGCAGCGUCCACUACACCAGUUGGUCCUGUUUAUGAGGAGGUAUCACCCAAAGAGGACAUUGAACUCAACACAAACCAGGCGUACGGACCAUUAGGACUGUGA